UGGACUUUAUAGAUACGAAGUUACACGUUUCGUUUUGUUAAUUAAGAAACAUAAGUUGAAAGUUAUAGUUAUAAAAAAUGUUCGCUACUUGCUUCAGAACUCUUCGAAUUGGAAACAAAUAUGGCUUAUUGGCACGCUAUGAAUCUACAUUAGUUAUUGCAGAACAUAAUAAUGAAUCAUUAUCACCUAUCACUUGUAAUACACUAAGUGCAGCAAAGAAAAUUGGUGGUGACAUAACAGUCUUAGUUGCUGGUACCAAAUGUGAUACAGUAGUACAAAGUAUCAAUAAAGUUAAUGGUGUGACUAAAGUUUUGGUAGCAGACAAUGAUGCCUUUAAAGGAUUUCUUCCAGAAACAUUAACUCCUGCUAUUCUUGCGAUUCAGAAUGAACAUAAAUUUACACAUAUUUUAACUGGUGCUACUGCUUUUGGUAAAGCAUUAUUACCAAGAGUUGCAGCUAAAUUAGAUGUAUCUCCAGUAAGUGAUAUUAUUGAUAUUAAAGCAGCUGAUACAUUUGUCCGUACUAUUUAUGCAGGAAAUGCAAUUCAAACUUUAAAAUGCAAAGACAACAUAAAAGUAAUUUCGGUUAGAGGCACUGCAUUUGAAGCAGUAUCUUUGGAAGGUGGUAAUGCAAAAUGUGAAGUAGUACCAGCUGGUGAUUAUAAAUCACAAUUAAUAUCAUUUGUUAAACAAGAUUUGACUAAAUCUGAUAGGCCGGAAUUAACAUCUGCAAAGAUUGUUGUAUCUGGAGGCAGAGGAAUGAAGUCUGGUGACAAUUUCAAAUUAUUAUAUAGUUUGGCAGAUAAACUUAAUGCUGCAGUUGGUGCAUCUCGUGCUGCUGUUGAUGCUGGUUUUGUGUCUAAUGAUUUACAAGUGGGACAGACUGGAAAAAUUGUUGCUCCAGAUUUAUACAUUGCUGUUGGUAUCUCUGGAGCAAUUCAGCAUCUUGCUGGUAUGAAAGACUCAAAAACAAUUGUUGCAAUUAAUAAGGAUCCAGAAGCACCAAUCUUCCAAGUAGCUGAUUAUGGCUUGGUUGCUGAUUUGUUUAAGGCUGUCCCUGAACUUACAGAAAAAUUGUAA